AUGUCGGAAAAGACGGCACGCUCUAUCUAUCCGUCCACACCCAUGGCGAGCGCGAUCUCGUGGACCGCGCGCGUCCGCGGGGACGGACCCCGCGUCGCCGCGAUCGCGACCCGGGGCGCGACGACGACCAACCGGUCGUCGCGAUGCCGUCGUCGCGUCGACCCGGUACCCCACCCCGCGGUCGCGAAGCGCAGCGAGAAGAAGCGCCAGGCGAGAAAAAUCGGUCGACGCGAGGACCUGCGCGAGGCGGAGGCGGCGGCGGCUGCUCGCGCGACUCGAGCCGCGGAGGAGGCGGCGAAGCGCGCGGCGUCGCCGCCGCCGCCGCUCGACCCCGCGGACGCGUCCGCGCGCGUCGCCGCGCGAGAGACCGCGCUCCGCGACGCGCUGCGCGCGGUAGGCGACGCCAAGGCGACCGCGCGCGAAUCGGAGACGUGGGACCCGUCGCGAGGGUACAAGCCGUUCGACGCCGUCCGAGACGCCGUGGACGCGAUGGCGCGCGCGCGCGUCGCCGCGCUCGAGGCGCGCCUCGAGCGCGCGGUCGCGCUGCUGUGCGUCGCGAAGCGAGAGCCCGUGGAGUCGCUCGCGAAGUUUGGAUGGACGUACGGCGAGCGCACGAUCGCGGAUACGAAGAACGCGCGAUGCCUGGGGUUCAUGCUCGCGGCGAUGAGCAAGGCGAACGUCUCCACGGGGACGUGCGAGGUCCUGAGCGUCGCGAUGGAGCUUGAUCUGAUCGGCGAGGUGGACGCGAAGGCGGUGAAGGGCGCGGUGAGGGCGCUGCGGGAGAUGGACGAGUUGGGUUUGCUCGACGAGGGCGAGCCGGAAGUGUUAGCCGCGGCGGCGGAGGCGACGGAAGCCGCCGCCGCCGCGUCGGACGCGUCGUAGGCACUGAUGAGGCACGACGGGUGGGUGUUAUUAGGUGUUACGCUCUACAAAUGACCGUUAGUAUACAAC